CCGGAUGACAUCGCGCCGCUGUACAUUCGCGAGAUCGAAGAGGGCAUCGAAGGGACGGACAUCAAGGCCGCGAUAAUCAAGGUCGCCAACGACGUGGGCGGCGUAACGCCGGAGGGCGAGAUUAUCCUGCGCGCGGCUGCGAGGGCGCAGAAAGCGACGGGCGUGCCGAUCUCCACGCACACAUGGGCGCCGGAGCGCGUGGGCGAGCAGCAGGUCGCCAUAUUCGAGGACGAGGGCGUUGACCUGAACAAGGUGUAUGUGGGACACAGCAACGAUACGGACGACACAGACUACCUGAUAGGGUUGUUGGAAAAAGGUGUGUGGAUCGGGCUUGACCGCUAUCCGGGCAGGCCGGAGGUGCUGGACUGGGAGGCGCGCACGCAGACGGCGUACAAGCUCAUCGAGGCGGGGUUCGCGCAUCGCAUCAUGCUGGGGCACGACUGGUCGGUGGCGCUGCUGAUUGCGCUGAAGGAAGCACGGGAGGCACGGGACCAGAAUAAUCCGGAUGGCUACCUGUUCAUCACGCGGCGGGUGCUGCCGCGUCUGAGCGAGCUUGGGGCGUCGGACGAUGACAUCAACAAGAUAAUGGUGGACAAUCCGCGGCGGUUCUUCGAGGGGAAAGAGUAG